UUUUUGUUACAAUUAAAUUGAUGAAACAAAUGAUAAAUUAAUACCUAAUCUGUAUAUAAAUCUGAUGUAAUAAUUGAUACAAAAUGAUGAACAUGUGUUAUGCGUCGAAAUUCAUUCAAAUGCAAGCAUUCAUAUACCGCACAAUCGUUAAGUGUCAUCAAAUCCUCAUCACUAGUCAUAUCACUUGUCCUUUCCAUCAAAUGUCAAAGUUUGAUGUUUUAAGACAUUCUCAACACAACCAACAGUUGGUUUUACUCUUAACACUAUUAAUAGUAUUUUUCUCAUCGAUAAACAUUUCAAUGGCAUCUCCUAUAAGAAGUGACUCUCAAUCAGUGAACAGUCCUCCGCAACAGUCAUCGUCAUUAACAUCUCAUAAACUAUCAUUAAGUUUAUCACCAAAAUGGGUAAAACCGUGUCGACUGCCGACACAUCCUAUAAAUCCUGACAAAGACUUUGCUGGUGCGCCUCCGGUUCCCGUCAAAGAACUAUUACGUAAUGUCAUGAGUAGAGCCAAAGUUGCCAGAAAUCAUGGCCAACAAGUCAAAGAAAUUUUUCUCAAUAAGACAUUUCCUGACUCUGAGUUUGAAGAAGGGGUCAAAACGUAUCGUCAGGAAUGGCUGCCAGAAAUUCCGGUCACUUCUGAACAAGUGUUUCAACAAAUGACUUUGGACGAGUCGUUUAUUAAAGCAUAUCAGUUCGUUCAGUAUUUUGCCAUUGGUUUGGAACAAGUGAUGUUGGAUGAGGUCAUCAAAAACAAUGUGGUCAACGAAUUCAAAGAUAAUUUAUUUCAAUUGUUAUGUGAAAUACAACUGGGAAUGUAUAUUAAGAAUAUACAGCCAAACACUGAUAUCUUGAGGAACGUUAUGUCUCAUCAGUAUCGGGAUGUCAAUGAAGUAUCACUUCGUAAUUUGAGAGAUUACCUAUUACUAAGAGAUUAUAUCUCUGCCACCAAUUUUAUUGCACAAUUAUUUGCACAUUUGCGGGAUCACUACGAGGACGACCUCAACACUGAUUAGACAUAAGAACCCCGUUAUCUAAAAUCAA